GCAGGGCGGGCCGUGGGGUGCCCAGGCCAGGGGGCCGGCCAGCUUCUCGGCGCCGCUGUUCCGGACCUCGCAACACAGGGCGGCCGGCGCGGACGCCGCCGCCGUGCAGCGGCAGCCGCAGGCCGCCCACGCGCCGCCGCUGCUGCGGCUGGCCGCCUCGCUGGCCGCCCCGGAGGCCCCGCCGCAGCCAGCCUCGGCUCCGCCGUUCUACUGGGUGCCCACGGUGGACACGGUGGGGGAGUUCGAGGUGGGCGGCGCCUGCGGCGAGGUGGUGUCCAAGCACGGCGACUAUGGGGACCACGACAGCGCGCCGCCGAUCGCGGGGACGCUGCGCAUGUCCCGGGGAGGGCUCUACCUCUGGACGCUGCAGAUCGUGCGGCAGUGCCCGCACCGGCCGCAGCUGCAGUUUGGCAUCCACGGCGCCAACCACUCGCGGCCCUGGAGGUUUGUGCGGAUUUUCGAGCAGGUGUGCCUGUGCAGUUUUGGUUUCGCCUCGAGGCUUGUCAGCACGGGGCGCUGCAGCAGGUCCAGAGACGACGGGCCGUGGCUGGCGCGCCCUGGCGGCGACCUGAUCAUCCCCCGAGGGGGACUACGUGCACUGCGAGGCGGACCUGCGAGGCCUGGACGGCAGCCUGGGCAGUUUCGCGUUCGCCGUCAACGACGGCCCCUUCGAAACCGUCUUCGAGGACAUCCCGCUCACGCGCCGCUGCACCCGGUCGUGGCCAUGGGCGGCGGCGGCACGUGCUGCCGGCUGUGCGCGGGCUGAGUGCGGGGGAGGGGCCCGCCGAGGGCGCGCCGGCGGGGGGCCGCCGGUGCGCGCCCGACGCGGUGCCACCCCUGCCUCCCAAGCGCGGUCGCCUGCCUCAAUCCCUCCUCCUCCUCCUCCUCCUCCUCCUCUUCCUCCUCUUCCUCCUCUUCC